AUGGAAGGUAAAGAGCAUGUAUUUGAAAGCCAAAGGUUCAGUUUACAUCUGUCCAAUAAACUCAGUGAUGCUCACUGUCCUUGUGCUCCAGGUUAUAAGACUUUAGAGGAUGGGAGGAGACGCUGUGUUAGACAAGUAUAUGACAUUUGUAGAGAUUCAACUUCCCGAAACCAGGAGGGACAGUGCUUGACUAAGAAAGAAUGGAUGCAUUACUGUACAAAUAAGGUUUGUGCCCGUCCUGAAGACUAUCAAGGCUAUGACAAGGUUCUUGGCCUCUGCGUUUGUCGAGCAGACAAUCUGAACAGUGUGUGUAACUCUCAGUGUAGAAGACAACAAAGAGACAUUCUGCAGUUUGUCUGUAAAGGGAAAAAUGCUCAACUUUCUCUCACUUACAGAAAUGGGAGCCAGAUUGCCAUUUUCUUGGCACAAUUAAAGGCAGUUCUACAAGUGCUGCAUUCCCCUGCUAAGAACCCCUGCCCUACCGAGCACAGCACGUCUUCCUAUCCUGUAUACAUGGUGAAAACAAGCGGAAAAGGGUUUUUGGGUGUGUACAAUCCUGACCCUGAACUGCUGCACAAUCUCAUUGUGCCAAACAAAAUUUCAUCUCCUGACAAAAGUGUACCAUUGUCAGCAGCAGCUCCAGGAAAGACUGGCAAGGAAGAUCCUCAAUUUUAUUGGGCUCAAAGCCAGAGGCCUUCAAACUCUACAUUGCAAAUCUCAUUUACAGGCAUCUUAAAUCCCACUACGUGCAUCAAUAGUAACGUUACCAUCAUCUUCAUUGUUUCCAAAGAACAUUAUCCAGUGUAUGAUGUAAACAACUUGUACAACACAAAUAAUGAAUUUGACUGGGGAGGAUUCCGUAGCCUGGCAGAGGAAAUCAAACUGGCCUCCACCAACAUCCUCCUCUUCCUGUACCAAUUCGAGCAUCCUGGCACCUAUGUCCUUGGGCUCAGUAGUAACCAGCACAAAAAAAUGUAUGUUAGAGUCAUGCCACAUGGUGGACAGUGUUAUGAAGACGGGCCAUUCUUCCCAACAACUCCCAGGCAUGUCAUACAAGUGGGCAUUGCAAGAAUACCAAACCUUCUUCUGAAACCUGACUGGCCAGCUAUUAUUGGAUUAAUAACAGGGCUUCUCAUUUUCCUUAUUACCUGCCUGUUGCUGAUUCUUCUUUGUCAAGACUUGGGUUGGUCCAAAGAAGGAAAUACCUGCCCUCUGUUUCGAAGGCUGCAGCUGAAAUAUAAUCUUGACAAAUAUUCCUCCAAAGGAUCCACAGUGAUUUCAGUUAAAAAAUGUCAUCCCAGGCUGAAGAAUAAAGGCAGCUUGGAUAAAAACUAUGGCAACUCUGAUGAGACAGAAGCUUUCUUCCUAGAAACGGGUGAAAUCUGGGAGUCUGAAGAACAGAUAAACCUGGAUUCAUUCAACACCAAUGUCUUCUUUGAAAUUCUGCUCACGCAGUCACUGUCAGUCACAGCCAAACUGAGCCAAUUUAAAGAAGAGCUGAAAAUCUUGUAUCACAAACUUAUGACCGAAAUAGCUUCACUCAGAGAGCUUUGGAUAAUGAGGCUGUGUAUCUCAGAGAAGGCAGAAUCUUAUGACAGCAUAAUGAUGGGGAACUAUAUGAAAGCAAAAUAUCAGGCAGAAGAGGAGAUGCUACACAGAAAGCAGCUGGCUGCUGAAUAUGAUGAGAUUGUGAAUAAACAACUUCACUUAUUACACCAUGAUUUGAAAUGCCAAGAAGAGCAUUGUGUCUUGUUCAAGUCUGCCCUGAGAGAGGCAGUGAGAUUGGCGGAAGUACUGACAGAGAAGAUGGCUUGUGGAGGGAACAGAGCCAUGUGGUCUAAACCAGACUACCAAUGGUUAUUAUCCCAGAUAGAUGCUGCAAGCAACAGAAUGUCAAGUGCAGUAAUAAAGGAGAGUCACAGACUCAAGGCAUGGGGUGUGCUGGGAGAUGGAACAGGAGCUCACCUCAUUAACAAAGAUAAAACCAGGCUCCUCACCAAGGAGGAGCUACUGGACUCGGAUGGCUGUGUGAGGGCACCUGACACCAUCUACAUGGAUCCUAUAACUGGACUCUUAACUCCCAACCCAGACUGUGUCACGCUGUUGGUCAAUCACUGCCCCAUGCCCGUGUCUAGGGAUCAGUUCCUCCACCCUGAGACUGGAAAAGUGCUCCCUGUGGCUGGUAAUGUUGGAUAUGAUCCAGUCAGCUCUAAACUGAUCUCUGCUGUUGACUCUGCUUCAGGUGAGCUUUGUAAGUCUGAAGUACCCAUAUUCCCCUAUGUUCCAUAUCCUAGCUCUCCAAGGACUGGCUUACCAGUGAAGACUAAACUUCCUAGCUUACAACCUGACAGAGUGUUUAAACUGGGAGGACUCAUGCUAGAUCCAGCUACAGAAAUAGAAGUCCCAGUGCUAGGAGUUACAAUCCAUCCCCAAACAGGACAAAAACUGUCCUUGGGUGGGACGUACAUGAAUCCCCUUACAGGAACAGUGACGCCUCUUGAAAUUGGAGGACCUAUGAUUGAACCAGAGGGAGGAAAGAUUGUCCCAAUACUUGGAGUCAGUUUGGAUAAUAACACAGGAGAUUUGGUCCCAGUUGGGGGGCUGAUGGGACCCUCGGGAAGCCUAUUGCUUCUUGGAGAUUCCUUCUCUGAACCUCUGAGUAGGAAGACUGCUCGGAUACAUGGAGCUUGCCUUAAACAAGAUAAAGUGCUGCCCCAUGCAGGAGGUUACCAGGCGCUGUUGGAAGCUAACACUCUUGUCACCCAGAUCCAUGUGGUUAAAGCCCUGAGGCAGUAUAAAGAUUCAAUUUGUGAAGAUAUGUCCUUAGCAGCAGACAAGCGGGAAGUCCUGAAGGCUGCAGUAGAAGACAUGAAAAAGUCAUUGUCAAUUAGACUCCAUCAUGCAAUUCACCGGCUGCAAAGUUUGGAGAAACAACACGAAAUAGCUUCAAGCCUCAAAAGUAAUGGUGGCAAAUUGGGGAUUAUCAAAUAUCCUGGUACAGAGAUGUGGAUUCCUGCAGUGUUUGGAAUGAAAAUCCCAGAUCCUGGUGGGUCAGAUUUGAUGGUGCCCAUCCUAGGAGUAGAAUGUGAUUGGAACACUGGGCAUCCCACCCCACUAGCAGGAACCAUGGAAGAUGCAGAUGGAAAAGGUCUUGUCCCUAUCACAGUUGGUGCCAGAACCAUAGAUCCUGUUACAGGUGAAACUGGCCCAGUUAUAGGUGCUCAAACUGAUCCUUGGACAAACAUUGUAAUUCCUAUUGUUCAGUCCCUAGGAGCUUUACCAAGAGGAGCAGCAGACCCAGAUCUGCUGAGCAUUCUGGAAAAGGAGAUAAAUUCAAGACAAAUGUACUGGCACCGCCAAAGAGAAAGGGAAGAAGAGCUUCUUAAAGAGCUAAACUUUAUAUUUCUUGAUGUCCUUGAUGCUGUAAAGGAAGGAAAGGCACAGAAGAUAAGGUACAAGGAUAAAUUAAAAGACAUUGAGGAAACCUGUCACUUCCUUGAGGAAUCCUCUCUUCACGAAGCUCAAAGAAGAACUGCCAGGGAUCUGAGCAGGCUAUUGGGCUCUGAACUAUCUUUGAUAUCUAAAGCUGAGAGAGAUGAAAAAGAGCAAGAAGUUCGAGUUAUAUUGGUGAUCAGGAAAGCGCUGGAAAAAAUGGUUCAAUUUAUUCAAAAGAUGCAGCUCGAGGAAGGCCGAUUACAAAGGCAGAUGAAGGAGAAAGCAUGGCAAAGGAGCAAGAACUUUAACACAGAGACAGCACCCAGAUUCAAGCCCAGAAAGAUCAUACUACAUCAUGUUGCUGAAUUUCAGGAACAUAUAAUGAAACAACAGGUCAAUGUGGAGUCUGCAUACAGCAGACUGGAAUAUCUCAGGGACUUGUUGGACAUCCAGGCUCUGCAGGCAAAGGCUCUUCUCUCUGGGACAUCACAAUGCUUUGAAAACUACCAAGGGACCAGAUUUUAUGGUAUUGCUGGUGUCCCCCACAGCACAUGGGCAGUCAUCCAUCGAAAACUGAUUCCAUUGUUGAAGUCUCUGGUUCAGACACUGGAGGAAAACAAAAGGAGUGAUAGGUCAUUUGAGACACUAAUUCUUCAAUCAGAUGAUAAUAAAGCCAAAUAUAUGAAAUCUUCUCCACUUCUCACUCUUCUGAAAGAUGUGAAUGACCAGCUCCAAGGUCAUGCGAUGGCAGUUGGGUUUCUGAAAAGUCAUCUGCAGGAAAAAGACACAGGAAGUCCUUUUCAGGAUAUAUUGGAUGCUUUGAUGACUCAUAAAGGUGAACUAAUACCAGUUCAUCCCCCAACACUUUCUGCAAGAGAGUUUGUAAUAUACCAAUAUGGCAUCUCCAUUCUUGAGUUUCUCAGGCCUCAUAUCAAUGCUCCAGAAAUUAACCUGUGUGUUGCCUCCAGCAUACCUCUCAGUAACACCACAGGCAAUGCCUUCCAAAACUCUUUCUUUUAUCAGAUUUCAGAGAAAAAAUUAUUCAUUUUAAGAGAGUAUCUGGGUUGUGUGGGCAGCUUCAUUCUGCUGCUGGUGCACUGUCUGGCUCACAUCACUGCUGCUGACCUCAGCCAUGACUCUAGCCCCACCUUUCAGAGACUGUUUUAUCAGGCACUAAAGGCCUGUCUCAGUGAAAUGUUCUCCCUUAGACUCCGGAUGUCAGCAGUUCUCCAGGACAAUAAAUCCUCUGUGAAGAUAAGUGAGAUCCUGUUGAAGGGAGAACCAUUCUCUGAGGAGAAAUUAAAUCUCAUCUCUCAGCUUUUAGAUGCAAAAGUAAAAUCCGCCAGAGAGAUGGAGGUGUCCGAGGAGAGGAAUAGGAACCUCUUACUCCAUACAAAUCUUGAGGACCUGCUGAAGAAUAAACUAUCUGUAAAGAAGAAAGAGUGUUUCACCCACACCUCAGCUGGCAGGAAAGAGAACAGCUUUGGUUUGAGAACAAGCCCAGAAGAGGAAAGCUGCUCUUACUUCAGCCUUUCGGAAAUGGAAGAUCAGUUGGAUACAUUAACUGAGGAGCUGGUGAAAGUCAUAGAGGAAGAACAUUUUUUAAUGUAUGCAGCUAGUGAAGAUUUUCUCUUUGGUUUGAAGAAAGACUGUUUGGUAAAGCAAAUCGAAAUAUUAGAAGGGAAAAUAGCAAAGGCAGAGAGGUGUUUAAAUAAUAAUAACAACAGGAAAGAAAAAAAUUGGUGACUUUCUUCUAGCGUGGGUGUCUGCACUCACCUUCAGACUUUACUCACACAAAAAAAAGGUUUAUUCCAAGACAGGUGCAUUGUUUUUCAAACUCAAUUAUUAAAUCUGAUUUAAAAGCAUGUAUGGUAACUUAAAAACUGACAGGGCCUAAGGCUAAUCGACUCCCUUAUUUCUUCUGAAAUAUCCCUUAGCAAUAAUAAGCAGUCAAGAUAUCUUGGUUAUUGUCAUUGCACAAGCAUGUGAAAUCUCAGUUAACUGUCAACUUAGCAAAGGAAUGUAGGUGGUAUUUUAGAACUCAACUCCCAGCUGAUCUGUUCUGGUGCUUAAUAAACUUGUUUUGAUAACACUUAGGGUGACCAGACGUCCCGAUUUUAUCGGGACUGUCCUGAUAUUUGCUUGUUUGUCCCGCGUCCCGACCAAUGUGAGG